GGGCGGCAGCCGCAGACCCACGCCGUAAACAGACAACAUGGCGGCUGCGGCACCCGGGGCUUUGGGCGCCGUGCAGGCCGGUCGAGCCCGCCUGCUGGCUGCUUGCUGCGCACGGCUCGGCACUGGGUGGAGACUGUCCGGCUCGUGGGCGGGACGGCAGGUGGGCCCUGCGGCUUGGACCUGGGGUCCUGCCCAAAGGAGGGGAUACAGUUCUGAGGCGAAGACUGAGGACGAACUGCGGGUGCGGCACCUGGAGGAGGAGAACCGAGGAAUUGUGGUGCUUGGAAUAAACAGAGCUUAUGGCAAAAAUUCACUUAGUAAAAAUCUUAUAAAAAUGUUAUCAAAAGCUGUGGAUGCUUUAAAAUCUGAUAAGAAAGUUCGGACUAUAAUAAUCAGGAGUGAAGUCCCAGGGAUAUUCUGUGCUGGUGCUGAUCUUAAGGAAAGAGCCAAAAUGCAUUCCAGUGAAGUUGGUCCUUUUGUCUCCAAAAUAAGAGCAGUGAUUAAUGAUAUAGCUAAUCUUCCAGUGCCAACGAUCGCGGCAAUAGAUGGACUUGCACUAGGUGGUGGUCUUGAAUUGGCUCUAGCCUGUGAUAUACGAGUAGCAGCUUCCUCUGCAAAAAUGGGCCUGGUUGAAACAAAGUUGGCAAUUAUUCCUGGUGGAGGGGGAACUCAGCGAUUACCGCGUGCCAUCGGGAUGUCCCUGGCCAAGGAACUCAUCUUCUCUGCACGAGUGCUUGAUGGCCAGGAAGCCAAAGCAGUGGGCUUGAUCAGCCAUGUCCUGGAGCAGAACCAGGAGGGGGAUGCUGCCUACAGAAAGGCCCUGGACCUGGCAAGAGAGUUUCUACCUCAGGGACCUGUUGCAAUGAGAGUGGCAAAACUAGCAAUUAAUCAAGGAAUGGAGGUUGACUUAGUAACAGGAUUAGCCAUAGAAGAAGCAUGUUAUGCUCAGACCAUUCCAACAAAAGACAGACUUGAAGGUCUUCUUGCUUUUAAAGAGAAAAGGCCCCCUCGCUAUAAAGGAGAGUAGAAGAAACGGAAGUUCUAACGAUGCCAGUGUAAUAAAGGUACUUCUGGAAGUGUCUUUCAGAUCCACUCUGAUGCCUCAGCACACGGAAUCUCAAUGACCAAAGUGAAGAGCGAGUUCCUCCGUGUAGUGUGUCGAGCAUCUGGAAUGAACCAGAACAUGUGUACUUCAUACCAAUGUGUAUUAUGUUACAUUCAUUCAGAUUUAUAAAGCAAGUAGCAUAUAUUGUCAAAAAACAGAUUAAAAAUUAGGUAUAUGUUUUUAUUCCUGCA